UCAGCUUCAUAGGGACAGUAGCCAACGAGUAACUCGUGGGUUAGCUUGUGCCUUCUGCAUCCACAAAGAGGAACCAUGGACCAGACGACUUUGAAACUGCUUGCCGGUGCAUUGGGCAUACUGCUGCUCUACGUGAUAAGCGUAUACACUUACUGGAAAAGACGCAGGAUCCCGACAGCCGAUGGAUUCGUACCGUUGUUCGGUCAUUUUUUCCCGGUGUACAGUUUGCGAAAACAAAGCGGAAAAUAUUUUUACGACAUGUACAAAGCUUACAAACAACACAGUAUGUUCGGAGUAUACAAUCUGUUCGAUCCGAUACUGGUGGUUCGAGAACCGCAAUUAGUGAAAAACAUAAUGCAAUCUAACUUCCCGAGCUUCCAUGAUAAUUCAACUUUUCUGGUGCCAGGAGUGGAGCCUCUGUUAGAAAAGAAUCCAUUCUUUAAUUACGGUGAGGAGUGGAUAAAUGGACGAAAACGAUUUACCUACGCGUUCUCUAAUGUGAGGCUGAAAAUUCUGUUCCAAGCCGUCGACGGGGUGACCAAGAAAUUCGAAGAUUUUUUGAACAAACAACUGAAGACGAAAGACAAGUACGAAGUCGAGUUGACAGAAUUCUUCGGAAGAUUCACAGCCGAGACCGUGGCGAACGCUGGCCUAGGUAUCGAGGGAUACUGUUUCGACGAAAAUCCGCCGGCUAACAGCUUCCAGAAACUCGGCAUAGACACCUUCGAACACAGUUACAUAAACGGGAUUGUGGGUACGUUACUCACUUUCAAACCAGGUGUGAACCGUUUAUUCAGGUUCCCGUUCGUGCCGAAACACGUGGCUAAGUUCUUCCGAGAUGUUGUCGACGAGAAUCUGCAGACGAGACGAAACACAGAGACACAGAGAAACGACUUUUUCCAAACGAUGCUCGAACUCGAGAAGACGAGCGGUGAAAAAGUGGACACGGAUGUGCUCACGUCUCACGCGCUCUCCUUCUUUCUCGACGGAUACGAGACCAGCAGAAUAACCAUAUCUUACGUAGGAUAUCAAUUGGCGAAACAUCCGGACAUUCAGCAGAAAGUGAGGGACGAAGUAAAAUCUGCGAUCGCUAAACACGGCGGUGUGUUAACGUUCGAGGCCGCGAAGGAUCUAACGUACAUGGAACAAGUGAUCAGUGAAUCGCAACGUCUGAACCCCGUGGUAAGCUUCUUCAGAAAGAGGUGCACGCAGAAGUUCGAGCUAGUCGGUUCCGACGGAUUGCGUGUCUGGGUACAACCAGGGACGGCUGUACUUAUACCUGUCGAAGGGCUGCAAAUGGACCCGAAAUACUGGCCGGAUCCAGAGAAGUUUGAUCCCGAUCGUUUCAGCGAAGAAAGAAAGCGAACCAUAGAGAAAAUGACUUUCAUGCCGUUCGGAGAGGGUCCAAGGAUGUGCGUCGGUAUGAGAAUGGCGAUGGUGACGGUGAAACGCUGCUUGGCUACCCUUUUAGACAACUACAAGCUAGAACUGUCACCGAAAACGCAACUUCCUUUGGAAAUGUCACCCAAUCUCUUCUUAAACAAGCCCAUUGGCGGCCUCUGGGCGUAUAUAUCGAAAUUGUGAGAUUAUGUUAUUUAACAUUAUAUUUCUCAUGGACACGUCCGCGAGGCACGGAUACAACGUCAUUCAGAAAAAGAACUGAUUCGAAUUCGUAGUGCUUUAUAUGUAAGCGAUUUAUACUUUUUUAUGGUACGCUUUUGGAAUUAUUUACAAAAAUGAUGUUCCUUUAGAAAUAACAGGGAUGUCUGGAAAGAAUAUUCGAC